CUUGCAUUUUUAGUUUCAGAGUGAUGUAGAUGUAAACACAAGAGAACUAAUUAAUCUUAUACCUUGUUAUACUUUUCAAUUACUUCUAGGAUAUGUUACUUAUGAGCUAAUGAAACAUACGGUGCAGUAGUUCACCGUUAGUAUGUUGGCGCUUAGCCGUGUAACGACAGUAAUAACACGGUGUAAACCAGUAAUUGUAAACCAUUCCCGCCAUCGAUGUCUGUGCACUUCAAGUACGUUGUAUCUGAAAGGUGAACUGAAGAGACGACUAAAGGCUGAACAAAAGGCAAAGGAGAAAGCGGAGAAAGAGAAACAAAAAUCUGAAACACAAGCACCAAAGAAGAAGACUGAUACACAUGCUGCUGCAGAGGAAGAAGUCAGCCCAAAUGAAUACUUCCGUUUAAGAACACAAGCUGUUACACAAUUGAAGCAAAGUGAUGAACAUCCAUAUCCCCACAAAUUUCAUGUUUCUAUAUCCUUAGAAGAGUUUGUAGAAAAAUACAGUGCUGUUAAUGAUGGAGAAAUCUUGGAGAACAUCGAACUUAGUGUUGCAGGGCGUGUUCAUGCUAUCAGAGAAUCUGGAGCGAAGUUAAUAUUCUAUGACCUGAGGGGGGAAGGUGUGAAAAUUCAAGUUAUGGCAAAUGCAAAAUUGUAUUCCUCUGAAGAAAAGUUCAUUGAGGAUACAGGUAAAAUAAGACGUGGUGAUAUUGUUGGCUGUGUUGGGUCUCCAGGUAAAACCAAGAAGGGCGAACUCUCAAUAAUACCAAAACAAAUUAAACUGUUGUCCCCAUGUCUUCAUAUGCUGCCACAUCUACACUUUGGUUUAAAGGACAAGGAAACUAGGUUUCGCCAGAGGUAUCUUGAUCUGAUUCUGAAUGAAAAAGUACGUCAGAAGUUUCAUGUACGAGCACAAAUUAUUUCAUAUGUGAGGAGAUUUUUAGAUAAUUUAGGAUUUCUAGAAGUAGAAACUCCAAUGAUGAAUAUGAUUGCUGGUGGUGCAACAGCUAAGCCAUUUGUUACGCAUCAUAAUGAACUAAAUAUGGACCUGUACAUGAGGAUUGCACCUGAGCUUUACCUGAAGAUGCUGAUAGUAGGUGGUAUUGACCGUGUUUAUGAAAUUGGAAGGCAGUUUAGAAAUGAAGGUAUUGAUCUAACACACAACCCAGAAUUUACUACAUGUGAAUUCUAUAUGGCUUAUGCAGACUACAAUGAUUUAAUGCUCAUUACUGAGAGCAUGGUAUCAGGUAUGGUUAAAAGUAUUCACGGGUCAUAUAAAGUGACAUAUCAUCCAGAGGGCCCAGAUGGAAAAGCAAUAGAAAUUGACUUUACACCUCCAUUUAAGAGAAUAAGUAUGUUCCCAGCAUUAGAGGAGAAACUAAAUAUAAAAUUACCAAGCCCAGAAACACUUGGAACACCUGAAGUAAAUAAGUUUUUUAGUGACUUGUGUGAAAAGCACGAAGUGGAAUGUGCGCCACCACGAACAACUGCUCGGUUGCUGGACAAGCUGGUUGGAGAAUUCCUUGAAGAAAACAGUAUAAAUCCAACAUUUAUUAUUGACCAUCCUCAAAUAAUGAGUCCUUUAGCCAAAUGGCAUCGAUCUGUUAAAGGAUUAACAGAAAGAUUUGAGUUGUUCGUAGCAACAAAAGAAAUAUGCAAUGCAUACACUGAGCUGAAUGAUCCUAUUGUCCAACGUGAACGAUUUGAGCAACAGGCAAAGGACAAAGCUGCUGGUGAUGAUGAAGCUCAGCUUAUAGAUGAAAACUUCUGCGCAGCACUUGAGUAUGGUUUGCCUCCAACAGCUGGUUGGGGAAUGGGAAUUGACAGGGUUACAAUGUUCUUGACUGAUUCAAACAAUAUAAAGGAAGUUCUGUUCUUCCCAGCUAUGAAACCAGAUGAUCCUAAUAAGGGCAAAGAGAAUGAUGAAAUUAAGCAAUGACCAGGUUCCAUUUUUUGGAAGAUGAACACACAAGGCUGCAGAGUUCCCACUGUUGCGUCUGGAUACGUGUGAAAUCACAUGAAGAUACUCAUGUUGUGGGGUGUGCAAUUUCUGCUUCAAUUCAGUGACAGUUGUUGACCACAAAUCCCCAUUGGCAAGACUAUUUUGACACAUGCAAUUUUAUGUUUUAUUGUGCUGCUGCCCUGGCCAUGGCAAGCCAGUAAUUGAAUAUGAGAAUAUGUGAGAAAAAUACAGAGCGUAUUUUUAAGAGGCAGAAGUAAUGAAACUCAGUUGUUGAAUAAUGUUUAAGGAAGCCCUAGGUAUCCUACCUUUAGCACAGUUUUUUCUCCAGUGUUAAGGGAACAGUUUCUGAUUUUAUUUAUUUUUAGUUUCCUAAUUAUCAUGUUGGAGGCUUCAGUUGGAAAGGAAUGCAAUUGAUGCAAGUGAAUUUUGUAAAAUUUUAGAAAACAAUGUAAGGUGUGAAUCUUUCUUCAUUGCCCAAGUUAAAUGGAUUGACGUGUGUGUGUGUGUGUGUGAGAGAGAGAGAGAGAGAAUGAAAGUAACUAAUUAUUUGCCUUAUGCUGCAAGUGUCAUUGAAGCACACAGCAGUGUGUUGUGCAUGCUUCCUGUCACUUUGAAGAAAGAGAGCACGGUUUUAUCUUGCUGUUAAGAACAGUGCUCACUGUUUUUUACUUACCAUAAUAAUGUUUUGCUACUUGCCAGGCAGCAGCAAAUUCUUGUUGAUGGAACUGUAGCUUUUUCGUAUUGAAAAAGAAAGUGGUCAAUCUAUGUCAAAAUCAUCCAGUCAGAGGAAACCUAAUUGGAAACAGCAAAGAAAUAACUUUUCAAUCUCA